AUGUUUGUCUGGCGCCAAAGCGUUGAAUCCCUUGAAUGCGAUUUUGGUAUCGAUAAAUCCAUUGGCGCCAUGUGCCCGUGUACCCACCGAUGCGGUUUAACCAACGAAGACCUGAACAGAAAAUGGAGUUCGCCUGACCCAAAACUGCAUCCAGAAAUAUUUCAUGCUCGGGGGAUUUUGGAAUACAUGACACACGUAAUGAAAAAGGUUCCCUAUGUGUAUUGUGAUUUCCAUGGUCAUUCAAAUACUAAAAAUUGUUUUUUUUAUGGAUGCUCGGCAAAAAAAAGUUGGUCAAGAAUGGACUUGACUAAGUAUGAAAAUGAAACGGAUUUCAUGGUAUUACCGAUUGUAAUGCAAAACUGUUGUCCAUCGUUCUCGUUAUCACAGUGUAAUUACAAAGUAGAAAGAAAUCGUGAAACCACUGCAAGAAUAACGGUUUGGAGAAGCUACGGUGUAAAAAGGAGUUAUACUUUGGAGACAAGUUAUUGUGGUUGUGACGAAGGACAAUACAAAGGUUUUCAUUUAGGAAUAAGGCAACUUAGAGAGAUUGGGUCGACUUUCUGCAUGUCCCUUUCUUCGUUAGAAGAAGAAACGAAAAAGAGAGCGAGUCUUCCCCACAGCAAUCGAUUAUCCACAAUAACAGCGAGUUCCAGUUCAAAAUCUAUGGAUUUUGUAGACGAAGAACAGUCAGACUCAGAUUGA